AUGAGCUUACAAUUAGAUAUCAAAAGCAGAUCUAAAAGCAUCAAGAGUGUUUCCACCGACGAGUUUUCACCAAUCUCAUUCACUAACGAUGUUAUUGAGUUAAUUUCAAAGGAAAGUGGCUUGACCAAGAACCGAAUCAGAUUGACGGUUGAGCAAGAUGGCAAACGAGUGCCUUUGGAGAUCAACAAGCAAUUGAAGGUUUACAACAUAACCGGAGACACCGAAUUGCAAGUGAAGGACUUGGGGCCUCAAAUCUCAUGGAGAGGGGUAUACUUGGUCGAGUACUUGGGACCAAUUGUGCUCCACUCUGUGUUUUUUUAUGGAUUCAGAAGUUUUUUUGGUGAUUUCAAGAUUACAACCACCCAGCUUGUGUUGUACAACUUGAGUUUGCUUCAUUUCACCAAGAGAGAGUACGAGACGUUGUUUGUACACAAGUUUUCGAAUGCCACAAUGCCGGUUCUGAACAUUUUUAAGAACUGUGGGCAUUACUGGUUGUUGAACGGAGUGAUGUGCAGCGUGUUCGUGUAUGGUCCGCCAUUCCUCCAUCACUCCAAGAAUCCAAUUGUUCGCUUGUUAUUCAGAACGAACGACUUGCUGGCAGAUUGGGUGAUUUUGUUGAGUUUGGUAUUCGUGUUCUUUGAGGGGGCCAACUAUGUUACCCACAGAAACUUGAGUUUGAUCAGAGAAAGAGACCCCAAGAACUACCAGAUCCCGUACGGAUUUGGGUUCAACUGGGUGACUUGCCCCAACUACUUUUUUGAGGUGAUGGCGUUCUUGACGUUGGGGGUAAUGAGUGGAAACUGGAGCUACUUUGUGUUUAUUCUUGUGGGGGGAGUGCAGAUGUAUGUGUGGGCUGUUGGUAAGCACAAGCGGUACUUGAAGACAUUUGGUAAUGAGUACCGGAAGUUGAACCGAAAGGUGAUGAUCCCGUACCUCCUCUGA